AUGGUCCGCACCCGAGCCGCCGAUCGUCAGGAUGUCACCGAACCCUCCACCCGUCGCAACCCUUCCCGAACAUCCCGCGCACAUGUUUCUGCGCCACCCACUCGUUCAACACGAUCGCGAAAGGUGGUUGUAUACCCCAGAGAUACUUCUUCUGAUGAUGGCGACUCGGACUCUUUGAACAACAGUCUCGAUCAACCCUCGGAGCCAGACGUGGAAAGCGAUGAGGACUCGGAUGACGAACCACGCUUUCAGACACGAUCACGUCGAAACAAGAGUCGUCCUACAGGGACAUCUGCGGGGACUAGCAGUCGUCGCAGUGCCCGACAGGCAGCAAUGGGCCAGACUCAGGUUGAGCCUGUCCCCGCACGCUCUGACACAAGGUCGAAUGCACGCCGACAAACAAAGAAACGGCCGAAGCCACUCCAUAGGAAGGGAAGGUCUUCAAAGAAGCGGCGCACAUCCUUUGAGCCAGAACAAAUUCCUCAGGGCGUCAUACCCAACUGGAGGGAUCCCCAAAUACCCUACGGCGCCUGGGUCGACAUCUUCUACUACGCCGCUGUGUCAGGCGGCCAUGACACCCUUGAUGUCAACUGGCUGAUAAGUACUGCCACCACUUGCAAGGCCUUCUCGGAAGCUGCCUUAACAGCUAUCUACCGUUGUCCGCCGCUUCUCACCAGCGGAAAAGCCCGCCGUUUUGCUGCCUUGCUUGAGCUUCCGCCUUCUGCCACUCGGUUCAACUAUCGCGCCAAAGUCGAGUCCCUUUAUGUAGAUGUUCAGGUCGUGCCUCAAGCACUACUUCCUCAGAUGAUUCAUGUGUUGCCGCGCCUAGCAGAAGUCAUCCUUUUCACUCAGUCUGAUCAGCCGCCAUACAGAGAGCUUGAUCGGACUGUGAGAUGGCAAUACUCGCCUGAGAUCUUGCACUCUUUCAGACCAAGUUCCAGCCAAGUCGACCCAGUCCAUGCUGAGGAAAAGUCAUUCUAUACCGUUUUGAAGAGCUGGGAGUGGAGCGGAAGCCUCCUGGGAGGACCUGUCACGACAGCCAAAGACAUCAGUCUUGUCCACCAAGAACCGUCAUUCGCCCAUCUCACCAAGCUAAGCUUCACUAACUUUCAAGUUCCGUCGCUUUAUAAACCACGGCCUAAGCCAGGGGACGAGGAACGAGAGCUCGAACUAUACAACGAAGAUGGAGCUAUGAUUGACUCGAUUGCAGAGGCCAUCUCGCAAUUGAAAUCACUCAGCCACUUGGUGUUUGAAUCGUCGACUGUCAUGAAUGACCGACUGCUCCCACUCCUGCCGAAAGAUCUGGUUCAUCUCGGACUGAUCAAUUGCUGGGAGAUCAAGUCUGAGGAGUUUGCGUCAUUUCUUCACAGCCACGGCAGACAUCUUCGCAGUCUGAACUUGUCGCACAACCAGUCCCUGGACUUGGUAUUUUUGACCACCUUGGCCGAUGCGUGUCCUCACCUGGAAGAGCUCUACAUGAACCUGUCGUACUUCCGCCACCAUGACUCCCUGUCCCUCGUCAACAAUGACGCCGAUCCCCUGUAUGAUCAGGCCCUGCUGCCACACCAAAUACCACAAUGGCCAUUGAGUCUCCGCGUGAUUGACUUUGAGCACAUUCGGCACUGGAGUGUUGAAACUGCAGAAAUGUUUCUCCAGUCUCUCAUCGACAGCGCGGGUUCGUUGCCGAAUCUCAGACAUCUUGCCGUCAAGACAAUGCUCAACAUACCCUGGAAGGCCCGUGCUACCAUGCGCCACGAGUGGCGGCGGAAACUGGAUAGGGUCUUCCUCCGCCCCUUCGAGCCACCAAAGAAGCACUACUCGCUGCGCCAGACAGAAGAGGAGAAGGAAGAAGUAGUUGAGAAGAAGCCGAAGCCGAAGCGUCUGUCUGAUGGACCGUCUCGUCGGAGUACCCGACUUGCCGCGCAAGCCUCAGAUUCCGACUCGAGGCAUAGUAACAACUCGAAGGGUCUGCGCAGUCUUCACGGCAGACCAACGUACGCCGAGCCCGAAACUGACGAGAAUGAGUUCGAUUCAGACUCGGAAGAAGAAAGAGGCUUCGAUGGUAGCCCGGCGUCAAGCCAGUCUGAGAAUGAAGCCGAGCGCGCAGACUCUAAGGAGCCUCGACCCACCAAGACCCUAGUUAUUCAGGGACUCUGUACCAGCGUCUCCAUUGUCUUUGACAACCAGAAGCCUACUGAAAUGCAGUACGGCAUGGAAGAUUUCAUGGACGAAGACCGUGCAGAGUCAGAUGAUGAGUGGGACGGUGAUCAAGAAGAUGACGACGACCCUGUCUUUGUCUGGCGUUAG